AUGAGACGGGGUGUGUUAUCACAAGUUAUUGUUUUCACUAACUUGUUACUGCUGCAUGCAACUGGACAGCCACAGCAAGAAUCGGCAUUAAGGAAAUUUUAUAAUGAGUAUAAAGUAUAUAAGAAAAAGAUAGACAAUAUUUAUGACCAUUUUUGUAAAGAAGAAUGCAUGAAUGAAUGGGGAUACAUUGACUUUCAAAACAAAGUUGAUCCAUUGCUGAACACUAUGAAGAGACGGUAUAAAUCAACAGCUGAGAUCCAAAACACCGACUUUACAAAGGAUUUAUCUGUCGUUAAAGCACAUUUUGAAGAAGUAUUAAAAACAGGUGUUUUGUUCAAAGAAAUUCUCUCACAUGAUCCAAAAAGUGAUCCUUCCUUAGCAAACUUUAGCGAAGAUGCAAAAGAAAGAUUAAACAAUUGCAAUCUAAUUCUUGCUCUAGCUAAUCGUUUCUGCGAUGCAGAUAAUAUUGAUAAGUUCUUUACUCUUCUUCAUGAUGCUAUCAUUAGCGAUUUCAGAAGCCUAGGUGUUGUUAGUGGAGAAACGUUUAAUGACAUAAAAAAGAAU